AUGUUCCUUCUAGGAAGCAGGAUUUUCCUACUAGGGAUCUGUGCAAACCCUCUUUUUCUGAGGUGCAAAGGCAUGCAUAGUGGAAGUUUGAAAUCAACAUAAGAGCAUUAUUUCUAGUAAAAAUUUCAGGUUCUGAAAUUGGGAAAUGGCUGCUACUUUGAUGCGAUCCAUAUCAUUUCCUGAUGCUGGUUUUGGCGAGAAUGACCAAGAUCCAAAUUCAGCACUUCAAGAGUUAGAUCGAGGCUUGAAAUCCAGCAAUGUUGGUGAGCAGUGUGAGGCCAUCUCCAGGUUUCCUUGCCUGUUUGAGAAAUAUCCCUUCCCUAUUCUCAUCAAUUCUGCUAUGCUGAAGCUGGCUGAGGUCUUCCGUCAAGAAACGGCAGGGAGCAAUUUUGUGCGUGUCUGUGUAUGUGAGGUUCUCGAGACCAGCAGUCGCCAUCUCGAUAAACUCAUCAAUGUGGAUGAAUUUUUGAGACGUAUUACCACCGUGAUGCACUCCAAUGAUCCA